GCAGGUUUCUGCCAGUGAAUCAGUCUGCUAGUGGAGACAGACAGACUGGGAACUGCAGCAGAAGUCAAAGGGCAGGGCAGUCAAAGCAGAGCCCCAAGAUGUGGUGCCUCCUCGUGCUGCUCUGCUCCCAAGGAAUUGCCUUUUUAUCAGGAUUCACAACACCCUCCACUCUGAAUUCAGACACAAGCCAGUACAGGAAGCCUCGCAACCCUGAAUGCUUUAUGAAUGUUAGUGAAAUUAUCAGAUAUCAUGGAUACCCCAGUGAGGAAUAUCAAGUUACCACGGAGGAUGGAUACAUUCUUGAUGUCUUCAGAAUUCCUGCUGGGAGGAACAGCCAAAAUACAGGGAAAAAGCCUGCAGUCUUGCUACACCAUGGUACUUUAGCAGAUUCUACUUACUGGAUUUCUAACCUGCCCAACAACAGCCUAGGCUUCAUCCUCGCAGAUGCCGGCUAUGAUGUCUGGAUGGGAAACAGCCGAGGGAACACUUUGUCUUUAAAACACAAGACCCUUAAGCCCUGCCAGAAAGAGUUCUGGCAGUACAGCUUUGAUGAGAUAGGUAAAUACGAUAUUCCAGCAGAGCUGUACUUCGUCAUGAAUAAAACUGGACAGAAGGAUGUAUAUUAUGUUGGUCACUCAGAAGCUUCAACUGCAGGCUUCGUAGCAUUUUCUACUUAUCCUGAGUUGGCACAAAGGGUUAAAGUGUUCUUUGCUAUGGGACCAGUAGCCACAGCCACACAUGCUACCAGUCCUCUGGUAACAUUUACACGUCUUCCCCAAUCACUGAUCAGGUUACUACUUGGCUGCAAAGGAACUCUUCACCAGAAUAAACUGCUGAAAGGGCCUCUCACACGGAUCUGCAGAUCUCUGGGAAAAUUUUGUGGCAGUGUGCUCUACUACGUAGCUGGGGGCAGGGUACAAAAUGUGAACACGAGUCGGAUAGAUACCUACGUAGCACAUUACCCUGCUGGAACAUCCGUACAGAACGUUAUUCAUUGGCAUCAGGUAAUACGUGCAGACCAAUUUCAAGCUUAUGACUACGGCUCUAAGGAAAACAUGAAGAAAUACAACCAGUCUACUCCUCCUGCAUACCCAAUAGAGAAGAUAAGCACACCAAUUGCUGUUUGGAGCGGUGGACGUGACAAAUUUGCAGAUCCCAAAGACAUAGCAAAGCUACUUCCUCGGAUUACUAAUCUCAUUUACCACGAGCAUUUCCCUGCUUGGGGACAUCUUGAUUUCGUCUGGGGCCUUGAUGCAACUGAGAAAAUGUAUUGGAAAAUCAUUGAACUAAUAAGAAAACACCCUUAAAUCUUCACACAGGGAAUUCAUUUAUCCAGUAGAUAUUUAUUUAGCAGUAGAAUAUGGGUAUAGGGAUUGGUGUAGGGGUUUACAAACCACUGUCAAUUGGUUUGCAAUGUUUUUAUGUUGUUUUCCAUGGUGUUACAUUACUUUGGUGACUGCAGUCUCUCUGAGUAAGUUGCGGUACAUGGGGAUGACCACUGAAAAUACAAACAUGUUAGAAGGAAUACUUCAGGGAUCACUUAUUUUGGAAGAUUUUAGCUUUUAUAGGGCUGAUUUUGCUUCAACUAAGGUUUCAUUUUCUCUUCCCUUGUAGAACAAUGCCACAUAUUCCACGUGACACACAGGUGUUAUCCCAUGAAAACCCAAAAAUGGGAGAUACUAAUUUCUCUGUUGAUGUAUUACUUACCUUUGUUUAAAUUAAAUCAUCUAUCCUCUUGAUAGAGUGUUUUGCCUGUUUUCCUCUCCUCAUGUUACCAACAGCAGCAAGCGAGACCCAAAAGACCUUCACCUGUAAGACUACCCUGGAAUCUAAGCAUACAGUAGUUGGCUUUGAUGGCCCAAAUGCCAAGGAAUCCAACAUCAGAAAACCUAUGUCAGAGAGAAAUCACUUGAUUGUUGGACAGAUGCAGAUACUCGCUUACCCUCACACUAAGUAAUAGUUUGU